UUGCAAGAAUUUUUCUUAUCUUAUCGCGUAGGAGAGCAUUAUAAAAAGAACUUUGAACAUAAAAGCAACAGAAGAUUUGAGGAUUUUCAUUCAAACGACACGAAAAACCAUUUCAAUGCAAGUAGAUAAAUUUUUAUUGGUGGCUCUGGCAUGUGCUUCCAUCGUUUCAGCAAGAAACUUAAGAUGUCCACCGGAAAUCGCUACCGAUUCGGUAUUUGCUAACCGAUUGUCAUCAUCCAAAUAUUUCCGAUGUUCGCCGCUACGUUUACUGGAAAGCUUUGAGUGCAGUGAUGGGGAGCUGUUCGAUCCGGACUUGUUGGUCUGCCACAAGCCCAUUGCUGGUCGCUGCGGUUGUCCGCCAACACCAUGUCCAUGCCCGACAACUACACCGUGUCCAUGUCCAACAACAACGACUCCGUGCCCGUGCCCAACAACAACGACUCCGUGCCCAUGUCCACAAACCGCUGAACAGCACAACCAACAACAAAUAAUCGAACAACAAAUUAUCGAACAGCAAAUAAUCCAACAACAAAAUCUUCAGGCAACGGUAAAGGCAUGUGAACAGUGCGUGGCGGGAGAAGUAAGAACUCCCAUUCCUGAUUUUGUGGUUACUCCACCGCCAGUUGUGUCGUAUGACAGAUUCGGAGUUAAAGACGUUCCGCCUGGUUACGUUAUCAUCACAGAUCCACCAUUACCACCUUGUUAACGAUGACUUUUAAGAAAUCAAUUUCUGUAGAAAAUCGGCAUGUGACCGAAGCAGCGCAAAUAAAUUUUUAUGAAUCAUGUGAA